CCAAUACAAUCCUCAACGACGUUACUCCGCGUUGAGCGAGAACCAGAGCAUCUAACGUGUUCCGUGGACGAUGUGGACCUGUUGAACGCGCAGAAACUUAGAAGCUCCAGAGAAAUGGAGGAGGAGAGAAGCGGGUGACAGACGGCACGGCAAAGGAGAUGCCCCCACACGCACUGUCCAAAGAAGCAUCCUUGGACGGUUCAGAAACCUUCAGCAGGGCCGCCAUGGCCCAUCCGUGGAAGCUGUGUGGGUGAUUAGGACAAGCAGUUGACUGACCGGUUCAGCUCUAAGGUCUCCUCUCUGGCUCCUUCAGUGGUCUGCCGUUUCACCUGCGUCUUAGCUUAGAGCUCCGCCACUCUUGCCCUUCAAUCAACCACGCUCUCUCUUUUCGGUCUCUGAUCUCUUUCUCUGCCCGUUCUGUGCUUUGUUAACACCUUGCCGAUGGGGCAGCUGCACGUGCUGAAAGCGCUUGACGUGGCCAAGACACAGUUGUACCACUUCACGGCCAUCGUCAUCGCCGGAAUGGGUUUUUUCACCGACGCCUAUGACCUUUUCUCCGUCUCCGUCGUCACAAAGCUCCUCGGCCGCAUCUAUUAUGAAGAUGGCAGCAAACCAGACCACCCAGGAUUGCUUCCCCCCCACGUCAACGCCGCCGUGAACGGCGUUGCCCUCUGCGGCACUCUCGCCGGCAACCUCUUCUUCGGCUGGCUCGGCGACAGGAUGGGGAGGAAGAAGGUGUACGGAAUCACCCUCAUCCUCAUGUUUGCCUGCUCCAUCUUCUCGGGCCUCUCCUUUGGAAAGUCCGCCAAGGCCGUGAUGGCAACUCUCUGUUUCUUUCGGUUUUGGCUGGGCUUCGGCAUCGGCGGGGAUUACCCGCUCUCCGCCACCAUCAUGUCCGAAUAUGCCAACAAGAAGACCAGGGGAGCCUUCAUAGCCGCCGUCUUCGCCAUGCAAGGUUUGGGCAUCCUGGCCGGCGGGAUCGUCUCGAUCAUCGUCUCCGCCGCAUUCAUGAACAGCUACGAGAGGGGGCCUGCCGGCAAGACCGUUCCCCAGGCCGACUACGUUUGGCGAAUUAUCCUAAUGUUUGGCGCUGUGCCGGCUGCGCUCACCUACUACUGGCGAAUGCGGAUGCCGGAGACGGCCAGGUACACGGCGCUCGUGGUAAAGAAUGUGAAGCAGGCUGAAGCGGACAUGUUGAGGGUGUUACAUCUCAAGUUCGAGAAUGAGCAGGACAAGAAUGUCGCCUUGGAUACGGCGACCUCCUUCAGUUACGGCAUCCUUAGCCGCGAGUUUGCGAAGCGGCACGGUGCCCACCUAUUGGGCACUGCUUCCUCAUGGUUCUUCCUCGACAUCGCCUUUUACAGUCAGAACCUCUUUCAGAAGGACAUCUUCUCUGCCAUCGGCUGGAUUCCGGCGGCCAACACCAUGAACGCCAUAGAGGAGGUCUUCCGGAUUGCACGCGCGCAGACCCUCAUCGCCCUCUGCGCCACCAUCCCCGGCUACUGGUUCGCCGUCGCCUCCAUCGACGUCAUCGGCCGCGUCACCAUUCAGCUGAUGGGCUUCUUUUUUAUGACUCUCUUCAUGUUUUCACUCGCCAUCCCUUACAACCACUGGACUCAAAGGGACCACCGUAUUGGCUUCGUGGUCUUGUAUGCCUUCACUUUCUUCUUUGCCAACUUCGGCCCCAACACCACCACCUUCGUAAUUCCCGCCGAGAUCUUUCCGGCCAGGUUCCGGUCAACCUGCCACGGCAUCUCUGCUGCAGCGGGGAAGGCCGGCGCCAUUGUCGGGGCCUUUGGAUUCCUAUAUGCGGCGCAGAGCAAGGACCAUAAGGAGGUGGAGCAGGGUUACCCCCCCGGAUUCGGAAUCAAGAACGCGCUCAUCGUGCUGGGCGUCAGCAACGCGCUGGGGUUCUUGUCGACGUUCCUCGUGCCUGAGUCGAAAGGAAGGUCUCUUGAGGAGAUGUCCGGCGAGGCCGAGCAAGGGCACGACCUUGCUCGCGAGUCCAGAUACGGUCGCAAUUUUCCAGUGUAACAGGAAAGCCUCUUCUUCGUUCCCCUCUAAUCGCUCUUUUUCCUUUCCUUAGGACGCCAGUUCAGUGACCUAUGAGGUUGCAAAAUAUACAACAUAUGAAUCUUAACCUUCUGCAAGCUCUUUUAAGUUCUAUGUUACAGUUGCAAUCUCUCCAAGAAAGGGAAAACCGAUAACGAGGAGAAGAUACACAUGAGGCAUCCAAACAGAGGGAAACCAUCGACACAAAAUUCACACCAGUCAUCCAAAGUUACGGAAGUCACAAAAGGUCCAAUAUUUCCAACAUAUACCCAAAAAUGAGAAGGAAAAAGCGGGAAAGUGUGAACUGAUGUGCUGAACGCAAUGAAAGGGCGUCGUUCUGGUGUUUGUCCAGCAAUCCAAAUAAUGCUAGUUAUAGUCCAUGAGAGCUUUGCGAAGUGUCUGCCGUAUUUUGGAGUAGUGGUGGAAUAAGUAAAAUAUAGUUCUGGUGUUUAAGUGUAAAAUAGUUCUUUCGUGGUGGAAAAACAUACAUAAAUGUAUAACUAUGUUAUCUAAUGAAUGGCGGCUUGCAUGCCUUCAGUUUGAGGAUGAAA